AUGGAAAAGUCAUGGAUGCUUUGGACCUUUGUUAAAAGAUGGCUGCUAGCUUUGGCUUCCUGGUCGUGGAGUCUGUGCCGUGUUUGUCUCUUACCCCUGAUAGUCACUUUCCACCUCUAUGGAGGCAUUUUCCUGCUCCUCUUGAUCUUUGUCUCCAUAGCAGGCAUCUUGUACAAGUUCCAGGACGUGCUGCUGUACUUCCCUGAGCAGCCCUCCUCCUCCCGCCUCUACGUCCCCAUGCCCACGGGCAUACCCCACGAGAACAUCUUCAUCAGAACCAAAGAUGGGGUGCUCCUCAACCUCCUGCUGCUGAGGUACACGGGGGACAGUGCCCCCUGCUCCCCAACCUUCAUCUACUUCCACGGUAAUGCUGGCAACAUUGGCCACAGGCUGCCCAACGCCCUGCUCAUGCUGGUCAACCUCAAGGUCAACCUGCUCCUGGUGGACUACAGAGGCUAUGGGAAAAGUGAAGGGGAAGCCAGUGAGGAAGGUUUGUACCUGGAUUCUGAGGCUGUCUUAGACUAUGUCAUGACUCGUUCUGAUCUGGAUAAGACAAAAAUCUUCCUCUUUGGCCGUUCCUUGGGGGGAGCUGUAGCUAUUCACCUGGCUUCUGAAAAUGCCCACAGGAUUUCUGCCAUCGUGGUGGAGAACACCUUUCUUAGCAUCCCCUACAUGGCCAGCACUUUGUUUUCUUUCUUCCCCAUGAGAUACCUUCCUUUGUGGUGCUACAAAAACAAAUUUCUGUCCUACAGAAAGAUCUCUCAGUGCAGAAUGCCUUCUCUCUUCAUCUCUGGCUUGUCUGACCAGUUAAUCCCACCAGUCAUGAUGAAACAACUCUAUGAAUUAUCCCCAGCUCGGACUAAGACACUGGCAAUAUUCCCUGAUGGGACUCACAACGACACGUGGCAGUGCCAGGGGUAUUUCACUGCACUUGAACAGUUCAUCAAAGAAGUAAUAAAGAGUCACUCCCCUGAAGAAAUGGCAAAAACCUCAUCUAGUGUGACAAUAAUAUAAUUGAUGUUCUUCUCUGGGGGUGGGGGGGGUGGGGGGGAACUACUUGCACUUGUACCUUGAGUUGUGAAAAGUGGUUCAAGAAUGUCCAUUUUUCAAUGUUCUGUCAUGUCUGUACUUGCCUAAAGAGUGAAAUUAAACUUGGAAAGGUCUGAUGCUUUAUUAAGAUGUUCCAGGUGACUUUUUUUUUUUCCAUUGGCAGCAUUGUAAAUGAACCAUUUUGUCUUCCUCAUCCUUUUUUUAGUGUCUCUGUCCAUCUGU